UUACGUCCCCUCCCCUUAAUCAGUUCGUGUUUUGCUCAUCAAUAAUAACAACGUCGAGAAUUGUCAACCUCAGUCUUGUCUGCAAGGAUGGCAGCAGACACACCAGUAGAAAUGACUGUCCGCUGGAGUGGAAACGAGUAUAAACUGACCGAUCUAACAAGUUCGAAUACUGUCGCAGAUCUAAAGUCCAAAAUACAGAACUUGACCGGAGUUCUUCCUCACAGACAGAAGCUUUUAGGAUUGCAGUACAAUGGUCGACCUCCAGAGGAUGACAUUCAACUUGGAACCUUAAACCUCAAACCUAAUCUCAAAAUAAUGAUGAUGGGUUCCAGAGAAGACGUUUUGGCUGAAAUGCAAGAACCCCCUAAAAAUUUAUCAAAUUUAGUCAAUGAUUUUGAGAUGGAAGACGAAGAGAUUUCUAUUGAAAAUAGGGAAGAGCACCUCGCUAAAAUUGAAAAGCGUGUCAGAGAUUAUAAUGUGACCGUAUUAAACCCACCCAGAGAAGGUAAAAAGCUGUUGGUAUUGGAUAUUGAUUAUACUCUGUUUGAUCACAAGUCAGUUGCAGAACGAGCUGAAGAACUGAUGCGACCAUUUCUUCAUGAAUUCCUCACAGCUGCCUAUGAAGAUUACGAUAUUGUUAUAUGGUCGGCGACCACUAUGAAAUGGAUUGAGAUUAAGAUGAAGGAACUUGGGGUAACUAGUCAUGUAAACUACAGGAUAACCUUCAUGCUUGACUAUAUGGCUAUGAUUAGCGUACACACUCCAAAAUAUGGAGUUGUCAAGGUCAAGCCUUUGGGUGUCAUUUGGGGAAAAUUCAGCCACUGGUCAGCAAAGAAUACUAUCAUGUUUGAUGAUGUCCGACGUAACUUCCUGAUGAAUCCACAGAGUGGUUUAAAAAUCCGACCUUUCAAGUCAGCUCAUGUGAACCGUAGCACUGACCGAGAACUUCUGGAACUCUCAAAAUAUCUAAAGGUCAUUGCACCACUUGAAGACUUCAGCCAUCUGAAACAUUCACACUGGGAAAGAUACAAAUCAAAAAGAAAGUACAAUGACAUAGCUUCGACAUCAUCAAGGUCUUCAAGUGGCAGAGAAUCUCGUCAUUCUAAAGACGGAAAUGAUCAUACAACUUCACACCGAAAUCAGGAAGGAUAAUUUUGCUUUUUUUAAUGAGUACCAUUUAUUUUAAUUAUAUAUAUUUUUUUCAACCUCCUGUCUCUUGCAAUUGUUUAAUAAAAUAUAACCAAUUGUUUGGUUAAAACUGGUAAAAGAUAAACCAUGUGAAAACAGUCAUGGUUUAAUAUAAUAUAAAAUAGAAAAAAAAAGAUGAUGAAAAAGAAGUUUGUAUCCCAACCACAUAGUUUCAGAUUUAGUCUCACUAUGUGGCUCCUUGGGUAUUAAUAUUUAAGAAAGAGAAAUAUAUUUAUUGGAUAUGAUAAUAGUAAUUGAAUAAAUUCUAAUCAGGAAAAUAGGAAAUAUUCAUAGAAAUGUUAAAUAUAAAGCAGACAAUUAUAUGUUUAGUUAUAUAUUUAAUGUUCUGUCAUAGUUAUCUCGCAUUUAGAGGCUUACUGAAACUAAGAUAAUUAUAUAAAUAUCCUAUUUCGUUCAGUAGCAGUUAAUUUCCUUCGGCUGCAAUCGAUCUUUGCUUUUUGCACUCAUCCUCUCGUCUCUGUAGUCAAUGAAAUUUAUACAUCUAUUCUGAUUAUUCACAGGGGUUUAGUUUCCAGAAAACACUGUGAUAAAUAAAUCGUCUCCACAUCAUCGCACUUCGUAAAUGGAAUGAUUGGUAGAUUCAUUGACACCAGACUCAUGGCCCUCAGCAGUGAAGCUCUCCACAGUCACAUAUUUUCUUGAUCAUUUCUGCCUUUUCCUACAGAAGAUUUACUUGUCUGCAUUGUUUGUUAGGAUCGGGCGUCUUCGUAUUUUGGGGUUCCAUGCAAAUGGGUACAAGUAUGUAAAUCUGUGCAGAAACAUAUGCAGCCUCACAGCACAGUUGUGUAAACAGAAGCAGUAGUCAAAGCAUUCUGAGUAGCUGAGCUUUGUGGGUGGUUGCUAGGGGGCCACAUCUUUGCAUUCCAAGCAGAAUCUCUUGACUGAUCACUGACCCAUGUUAUCACAGAUCAAUUUGUGUUAAGUGCAACAUGGUUCACAAUAAAGCAUGUUCAGGAUAAAAUACUAAAGUUGCUGUAAUCAAUAAAAAAAAAAGUCCUCCCCAUUCCUGAGUGGGGUGGACAGUGAGUGGAAGAUGAUGCUCUAGCAUGGCCACAUCCUUAUGGCUAAGAUCAAUAAAAGAUCUUUAACCACACUUACAUUUGUUUAUCUUCAAGCAAAAAGUCUAGUAUGUUUUAGAGUCAAAUGGUGCUUUGGUGAGUUUGCUUCUUUUUGGAAGACAUUCCUAGUCAUGUACCUCUUGGUUACUCUUGAUGAAAGGUAUUCUAGCCAUGACCAUUCCAUCUGCUUUUUUUUUUUUUAAUUUUUUUUUUUUUAUAGAUAAACUCUAUUCAGGACCACAUCAUUUAACGUUCUCUUAUUUUGUUUUAGAUGGCAGGGUGUGAUAUGCAAGAAAUUUCUGCUAUUUCUAGCAGGUUUGAUGACCACAUAUAGGCUUCCUUGUUGACUCUAGACAUCUGACUAAAAGUGAGGUGGUGCUUGUUGUUACUUGGGAAUGGUCUAUUGACUUACCCUCAUGAAAGCAAAGCAUUCUUGCUUCCAUUAUCAGGAGAUUGUCAUUCAUUGAGAAUUUUCUCUCUCUCUCUCCCUCAUACACACAAGGCAAAAUUUUUUGUUUUAAAUAUGAACAGGUUUUCAUUAUUAGAAAGAAUAAAUUAAUAAGUCAAUGCUUUUAAUCUACAAAUAUAUGUGUGUAUUUGUGUAAGAGUCAAUGAGAACUUUUCUCGCCAUUUUAACAAAAAAACAAAUCGUAAACAAGUCAUCAUUGAUCAGGAUGUUAAUACCAAAUUUAAGAAAUGUGUAUCUGUAAAUUUACAGGCUCUUCUAACCCUCUAUUUAGACAUCAGUAUACGAACCAGAUGUCUUUGUCAUAACUUAUGAUUGUGUGUGUGUGUGUGUGUGUGUAUGAAAGAAUAAGGUAGCAUGCUGGACAAAAUGCCUCACAAUAUUUCUUCCAGCUUUAUGUCCUGAGUUCAAAUUCCACCAAGGAUGACUUUGCUUUCAUCUUUGCAUACUGGCAUGGGUUGGACGGUUUGACAGAACCUGGCUAGGCUGAAGACCACCUUGCUUCGCUGUCUAUUUUGGCAUGGUUUUUACGGCUGUAUGCCUUUCCAAACGCCAACCACUUUACAGUGUGAACCGGAUGCUUCUUACAUGGCACCAGCACCGGCAGGAUCACCAAGUAACUUGCAAGGCAAACAUCCUUUGAGAGGAGAUAUAUAUAUAUAUAUAUAUAUAUAUAUAUAUAUAUGUUAAAUUCAAAUUACGGUGAACGUAAACAAAGUUUGCUUUUAGAAGCGUUGCAAUGUCUUAGAAAGUUUAAAGAAGUGAUUUCAUAUAGGCUUCUUUCAGUUUCCAUCUCCCAAAUCUAUAUCAUGUAACCAUAGGAAAUUUGCCCUCACUGAAUUUCAUUUAAUCCAUGUAAGCCCUGAAAAGUAAAUGCUCAUGCAAUGAUGAUGAUGAUAAAAACACACACACACACACACACAUGUUCGUUAUUUGGAUGCAAAAAUAUAAUUAUGAUGAUAUCCACCCUCUUGCCCAGCUCUAAAAAGGUUUUUUUUUAUAAAUGUAAGAAAAAUUAUCUUUUCACACAAGAACAAUCAAUUUUAUUUUCCUUUCACUUCUUUCUUCCAUUUCACUCAGUUUAAAUUAACAAUUUUCAUACCA